UACGGCGGGGCCGCCCGGCGGGUCCGCCAUGGACCGGCGGAAGAAGCCGCUGGACGUGGCCGCGUCCUCGCUGGUAGAUCUCAAAGCCGAACUCUUCCGAAAGCAAGAGGAAUUCAAGAAAGAAAAGCUAUUGAAAGAUGCCGGUGUCUUUGCAAAGCCCAGAACCUCUAAUAAGAAACCAAGCAUCUGGACCAAACAAAACACAGGAGUUGCAAAUCGAGCCUCGAAAGAUGUUGAGCAGAAGACAGAAGAGCAGGACAUAUUGGAUCAAUCAAGGAAGAAGCUAGAAGAGAAAGCAAAGCUGUAUGAGAAGAUGACAAAAGGCGACUUUCCAGAUGAAGAAACUGAGGAUUUGUACCUGGUGGAUUUCACUCAGAAGAUCAUCGACAAAAGGCACGAAGUACAGGAGCUGGGUCAGAGCGAAGCUGCUGGAAAGACUUCAGAAAGGGAGUCAGAUGAUGAGGAGACUCAGCCUGACGCAGACAUUCCACCGCCCGAGGACCCGGAGGAAGAAUGGGUUGAUUAUGUUGAUUUCUUGGGCCGAUCUAGACGCUGUAUGAAGAAGGAUUUGCCAGGUCUACUUAAAAUGGAUCAGGAACUUCAAGGGAAAAGACAAGAACCUGAUGGAAAUACUCUGUUAUCUGAAGACAUGAGAAGAGAACUUCAGAGGCAGCAGUGGGAAAAGGAAGAAGAAGAAGCCCUCAGAAAACCCAUGGGACCCAUACAUUAUGAGGACAUUCGAGAAAAUGAGGCCAGACAGCUUGGUGUUGGUUACUUCGCCUUUUCUCGUGACCAAGAACUUAGGCAUAAACAACGGGCAACGCUGGACAUGCUGAGGGAGCAGACACUUGAUCAGAGAACUAAACGCGAGCAGCUAAAAGAAAAGAGAAAGGCAGCUCUAGACGCGCGGCUGUCCAAACUUCGAGCACGGAAGGUUAAAAAGUUAAGGGAAGCAGGCUUAGAAGAAGAGGCAUUAAAACUGGAGAACGGAGAGGUGAAAGCUGUUACCGAGGAACCAGAACCUCCAAGAGUUACUGCAGCAAGCAGGAAGGUGGAGGUUGUUAUCCAGGAGAGAAGAGAUACAAAGCCUGGCGUGCCCUACGUCCGAGAGUGGGAUAAAGGCAAAGAACUGAUGUUUGGACUAUGGGAAAAGAAACAGGAAGAACUUAGAGAUGAGCGAGAUCCAGAAUUUGCACCACCUUCUGAUUACUUUUUGGGACAAAAGAAAGAUGAUAAUUACCGAAGUCGGAAUUUGAACAGUCCUGAAACCUCCUCUGAAAAGCCAGAAACAGAGAGAGCACAGAACCAACAGAUGCCAUCGGUGCAGGGCAGCGGCAGCAGCGCUGCUUCCGACAGCAGUGUCCAGGAUAAGGCAGCACCAGCAGAGGCCUCUGGCCGUGACACUCAGGAGGUGUCGUCAGGGGAGGAUGACAGCAGCGACGAUGAGGACAGGCUGCCACCGGCACAGGGUUAUGGCUACGGUGCCCGAGCUGUGCCGCCGCCAAUGCGGGCUUACGGCUACGGAGCCCGGGCUGUGCCGCCCUCCAUGCCGGCAUAUGGAUACGGCGCUCCCGAGGUGCCAUUUCCAGUGCAGGCUUAUGGCUACGGCACGCCAGGGAUGGUGCCACCAAUGCACGGGUACGGCUAUGGCGCUCCCGAGGUGCCCUUUCCAAUGCAGGCUUAUGGCUACGGCACCCAGGAUGUGCCGCCGGGAAUGCAGGCCUGUGGCUGUAGCAACCAGGAUGUGCCACCAGGAGUACACAGCUGUGGCUGCAGCGCCCAGGAUGUGCCACCAGGAAUGGAGACCUGUGGCUGUAUCACCCAAGAUGUGCCACCAGGAAUGCACACCUGUGGCAGCAGCACCCAGGAUGCGCCGCCAGGAACGCAGGUCUGUGAGUGCAGCACCCAGGAUGUGCCACCAGGAACACACACCUGUGGCAGCAGCACCCAAGAUGUGCCACCAGGAACGCAGGCCAGUGGCUGCAGCACCCAGGAUGUGUCACCUCCAGGGCAGACCGACAGCAGUGACACCCCAAAGCAGGAACCACUUUACCGAAGUUUAGAUGAUAUGCUGUCUUAUUACAGACAAGUGACUUGAGCUGAGCAGAAAGAUAGGCAAGAACCAUGAUCUAAAGAACUGAAAUAGAAUUACCUGCUCAGCAAGAGCAUUAUUUUCCCACAGGUGGGAAAAAAAGUUUCUGUAAGUUGAUCACAAUAAAUCUCAUGAAAACCUAAACUAUUUUACAUCACAGUUGCCCUUUUUCCCUGUUGAUACUUUUUAUUCUUCUCUCUUCACUAAAAUUAUGUGGGGUUUAUGGGAGUACUUAUUUAGUUUAGUACAGGUUUAAUUUUAACUCUCUGCCAUUUACACCUGAACUUUAGGGUAUAUUAAUGUCUUUCUUUCAAAAGGUAAACUCUUCCUUUGCUCUGUUGCUCCCCAGCUGGCUUCUGCUUUGGAGGUCCUGCAAUUUCAGUGAUAUCUGUAGAAACAGUAUGGAAAUGGCAGGCUGCCAAAUAUAGAAGGAUUUUAGGAAAUUUGUUACCUAAUUAAUCUCCUGCCUCUAGGAAGUGCAAAAUAUUAUCUAGUGAACAGUGGGGGUUUGCAUGGUCGUAAAUGGCUUCUGCAUUCCUGAGGUUUGUAUGUAGCUCAUAAUUCUGUGCAGCGUAUUAGAGUGGAGAGAGGCAUUGCAUAAAUCGAUAAAUAAUGAUGGUUAGGCUAAAAAUAAACACUUCACUGAAGCAAAAGCCUUGACACCUGAAAUUACUGUCUUACUGCUUUAGAAAAUGCUCUCAUAAUUCUCCAAGUGCAGUUUUCUUUUAUCAGCCAUUAUAUUUAUGGCUUUAUUUCAUUUAAUACUUUUUUCCCCAAACCUGUGAUAUUUGAGUCAUGUAUAAAAGCAGAUCAACCUCUACCAAAAAGAAUUUUAUUUCAGAAUCAUAGUAAAUAAGUAUAAUACUUGCCAUGUAGAAGAUAUUUAUUUCUGAAGGUAAUUUAGAUUCUUCCACUUGUAUUUUAAAACCUCAUACAAGGAUAAGACCUAGAAAAGCAGGCUAGAACAGGCAAUUUUGUAGACUGUUAAAGGGCAGUGAUAAUGUCAAAAUAGUGAACAGUUGAAUGCAACAAUGAACUGGCCAAAGAGACAGAGCUGAUGUGCUCUUCUUGUGUGAUUCAGCUGGAUCUCAGGCUGCUCUGCAAAGACUGGUGAAGAAUGACAUGUUCAAGGUGACUGAGCAAGCUUAGCAACAUGCAGAGCACAUUCUCUGUCCUCAAACUCCGAUUUAGCCUCAGCUCCUACAUCACAGGCUUUUGCACUGGAAUUUGCCUAGCAGGAGCAGUACAUUACAAUUAUUUAUUAAUUAAGUCUCAGAAUCUUAUUCUGAAGUAAGAGAAUACCAGUUGCUCCAUUUUGAAGAAAACUAGAAUGCAAAAGGUCUUACAGAAGGUCACGAAGCAAAUCUGUGGCAGAGCAGAAGUUCACAUCCAGUUCUCCAGGCUGGCUUAAUUAGUACUAGAGAAGCUUCCUCUUUGAGACCUCCCAUGAAUCAGUAUCUGGAAGCCAUUCAGAGCAGGGUAUGAUUUCCUUAGAGCUGAACUAACUCUAAAGAGUGGGAAGAGUCCUUUAAAACAGUGGAGCUUGACUUGAAAUGAUUAUGGCAAUUGUAUCCUUCAGUGGAUUUCCCUGCAAAGAAUAUUUGCGUUUACUCUGCCAUUUUAAUUUACACCCAUUUCCUACUGCCUUUUGGACUUUGUUUUUUCUGUACCCUUCAGACCAUCAUUUUAUGUAUAUAUGUGAUUUAGGAGUUAUAUUGUCUUUGCAUUAGUUUAACAUUGAGCUGGAGCUGCAGUAAGGAAUUAAAUGCCAUUUAUUACAUAGCAUUAUGCAAAAAGAUACAAUCAAACUGUUCCUUUGUUCAGCUUCAUUUCCACAGCCUAAUAUUAAACACAGGAGGACUCUUGGCCAGGAGGGCAGUUGAAUGCCUACAUUAAAGUAAAGCCUAUUGAGAACAGCUCUGCCACAGCAGAGAUCUGUCACUUUGCCAUUUGGUCUUCUUCCCUCUUGUCUUGAUUUUUGGCAGAAAGGCUUUUGCAUAUUGUCUCAUGCUGUGGAACACACAUCUCUGUUCACUGUCCUCUACU